AUGUUAUUCUUUGCUAUAGUAAGCCUUCUCGUUGGCGUUUCUGAAGGCUUGUUGUGCCUGAAAUGCAACGAUGUUGCCCAGCCCAGACAUUGUACUACCGUCGUUGAAUGUCCGCAGUUUGAGGUUUGUUACACUGAGCGAUCUGUAAACGAUAUAGGAGAAGCUAGUUAUGUAUUAGGCUGUUCACCUGGAAAUACUUGCACCAACAUUACCUCAACUUCCCAGUUCAGCCGAUGUACUCACUGCUGCGAUUCAAAGUUAUGUAACAAUAAAGCGUGUGGUGAACCGGGAUACCCUGCCGACAGGGGCCUUAUUUGCUACAGCUGCCAUGAUCCGGUACCAGCCGGCAGAUGUCACAACAUUGACUUUUGUAGGAAAGGAGAGGAUUGUGAGACUCACCAUUCUGGUGGUGUACUGGUCGGUAAGCGAGACAAUUUCAAAGAAAGAUCUUACGACGUCCAUGACUGUGACUCGUGCUGUAACGCCGACCUUUGCAAUCAGCAAUGCUUCGCACAGAUACAAGCGUAUGCCGAUUGCUCUGAGAUACAUAAAGCUCACCCAGACCUUCCUUCUUCAAUCUAUACCAUCACAACCUGGAACACAAGUAGUCAAGCAAAGGUGGUCUGUGAUAUGGAUACGGACGGAGGGGGGUGGACGGUUUUUCAGCACCGCGUCAAUGGAAGUGUCGAUUUCUAUCGGACCUUCUCUUCCUAUGAGACCGGGUUUGGAUCCCUGCAUGGGGAGUUCUGGCUUGGGUUGUCGCUGAUGCAUGAGAUGACGUCACGGACCUCCAACGAGUUACGAAUAGACAUACAACGAUAUGACGGAAGCCUCGGGUAUGUAGUUUACCCAAAGUUCAGAAUAGAAGCCGCCCCAACAUACAUAUUGCGCAUUGGACACACAACAGAAUUCAACGGAAUUACAUCUACGGUUGCUGAUUAUCUCACGAGUUCAGGCGAUUUUGGGGCCGUAGAUAUGGCGUUCUCGACCUUUGAUAGAGACAAUGACCUACGUGGCAAUAACUGUGCUUCCACUUAUCACGGAGCGUGGUGGUACCAUGCUUGUUACCACCGGGCGAACUUGAACGGAGAAUAUCUGACGCCUGGGACAUACGCGUCCUCUUCAAUGACGUUUGAUAGUAAUAUGUCUUUAAAAACCAGUAGAAUGAUGUUCGGAACCACGUGUCGUUAUGGAUAG